GCCAGCCGCCUGCAAGCCACCGUCAGGCCCGUCACCCUCCAGACAGCACCCUCUCGCCCCUCCACUCGGUCGGCCCGUCUCUGUGCGCGUCCCCCUCGGUCCCCAUCUCCCCCUCCUCCUCCUCUCCCCCUCCGACGCCCACCUCGCCUCGCCUUGCGAGACCAGCGUUCACCAUGGUCCGCGUUCUCGACCUCGUCCGGCCCUUCCUGCCUAUCCUGCCAGAGGUUUCCGCUCCUGAUCGCAAGAUCCCCUUCAACACCAAGGUUGGCUGGACGGCCAUCACCCUCCUCAUCUUCCUCGUGUGCUCGCAAAUCCCGCUCUAUGGCAUCGUGUCGUCCGACUCGUCCGACCCGCUCUACUGGAUGCGCGUCAUCCUCGCCUCGAACCGUGGUACCCUCAUGGAGCUCGGCAUCACGCCCAUCAUCACGUCGGGCAUGAUCAUCCAGCUCCUCCAGGGCGCUGGCUUCAUCGAGGUCGACUUCACCCUCAAGGAGGACCGCGCCCUCUUUGGCGGUGCCCAGAAGCUCCUCGCCCUCCUCAUCUCGUUCGGCCAGGCCACGGUCUACGUCCUCACGGGCCUCUACGGCCAGCCGUCGGACCUCGGCGCCGGUGUCUGCCUCCUCCUCAUCCUCCAGCUCAUCGUCGCCGCCCUCAUCGUCAUCCUCCUCGACGAGCUCCUCCAGAAGGGUUACGGCCUCGGCUCGGGCAUCAACCUGUUCAUCGCCACCAACAUCUGCGAGUCGAUCGUGUGGAAGGCGUUCUCGCCGACGACGGUCAACACGGGCCGCGGUCCCGAGUUCGAGGGCGCGCUCAUCGCCCUGUUCCACCUCCUGUUCACCUGGAACGACAAGUCGCGCGCGCUCAAGGAGGCCUUCUACCGCGAGCGCCUGCCUAACGUCAUGAACCUCAUCGCGACCGUCGCCGUCUUUGCCCUCGUCAUCUACCUCCAGGGCUUCCGCAUCGAGAUCCCGGUCAAGAGCAACCGGUUCCGCGGCCAGCGCGGUACCUUCCCCGUCAAGCUCUUCUACACCUCGAACAUGCCCAUCAUGCUCGAGUCGGCCCUCACCUCGAACGUCUUCAUCGUGUCCCAGAUGCUGUCGAGUCGGUUCCCCGAGAACCUCCUCGUUCGUCUCCUCGGCGUGUGGGAGCCCCUCGAGGACUCGGCCCAGCUGUUCGCCAAGUCGGGCCUCGUCUACUACAUGUCGCCGCCGCGCAGCCUGCGCGAGCUCGCGACCGACCCGAUCCACACGGCGCUCUACAUCACCUUCAUGCUGUCGGCGUGCGCCCUCUUCUCCAAGACGUGGAUCGAGAUCUCGGGCUCGGGCCCGCGCGACGUCGCCAAGCAGCUCAAGGACCAGCAGAUGGUCAUCGCCGGCCGCGAGCGCGACGGCAGCAUGUACAAGGAGCUCAAGCGCGUCAUCCCUACGGCCGCCCUGUUCGGCGGCGCCGUCAUUGGCCUCCUCUCGGUCGCGGCCGACCUCGUCGGCGCCCUCGGCUCGGGCACGGGCAUCCUCCUCUGCGUCACCAUCAUCUACUCGUACUUCGAGAUGGCCGUCAAGGAGUCGACGCCCGGCAUGGAGGCGUUCGGUGACCUGAUGGGCUGAGCGAGCGUUGUCUCUGCCGGCCGGUCGAUCGAGGAGGAGGAGGAGGACGAGGUCGAGGAGGAGAAGGAGGCGGAGGGGAGAAGUCGAGAGAGGGCUUCCUCCCUCCACGCGGGUUGUUGAAGCGCCAGGAGGGGUGGCCCCAGUCGUUCUCUCUCUCUCUACAAAAGCAAUGCAUCGUCGUGACUCUCGUGUGCUUCGUC